UGAUUUCGAAAGCGAUUUUGAGGGAAGAAGAAGAUGAGGCCGAUUUUUGCUGGGAACUUGGAGUACGAUACUCGUCAAUCAGAGCUUGAGCGCUUGUUCUCAAAGUAUGGAAGGAUUGACCGCGUGGACAUGAAAUCUGGAACUUCUACUAAGGGAAAAUAUGCUGAGCUUCUGUCUUGGUUUGCCAACCUCUCUGCAAAUUUUUUUUGGGAAGGAAAACUUCCUGCUUGUCUGCUCUCCUUCUACUCACAGAUCUGCAUUUUCACAUCUGAUCACUGGUCACUCACCUCAUCAUCUCCCAACAUUGACAUUUCCAUCAGAAUGUUGUUAGUGGGAUCAUCAAUCAAUUUAUUAAGCCAUGCCUAGCUUCUCUGAAAAUAGGGGAUCAAUGAAAUUCUGUCAAGUCAUGCCAUUCUAUUUCUGAAAUCACUUGUGCUGUCUGAAUGGAGAAGCAUGCUUGGCAGUCUCAGAUAUGAAUUUUGGAUUUAAACCUUUAAUUGCAAUCAUGAUUUUGUUCCUCAUUCAACGCCUCUACAGCUUCAUGUGCAUCAGCCCUCACUUAUAUUCAGGUUUUGCUUUUGUCUAUUAUGAGGAUGAGCGUGAUGCAGAAGAAGCAAUUCGUGCACUUGACAAUGUUCCAUUUGGUCAUGAAAAGCGAAGGCUGUCAGUGGAGUGGGCUAGGGGUGAACGUGGACGUCAUCGUGAUGGAUCGAAGGCAAACCAGAAGCCAACAAAAACCCUUUUUGUGAUUAACUUUGACCCAAUCCGUACUAGAGUUCGUGAUAUAGAAAAACACUUUGAACCUUAUGGGAAUGUUCUUCAUGUUCGAAUUCGGCGGAACUUUGCAUUUGUGCAGUUUGAGACACAAGAAGAUGCUACCAAAGCUAUAGAGUGUACAAAUAUGAGUAAGAUCCUGGACAGGGUGGUGUCUGUGGAGUAUGCUCUGAGGGAUGAUGGUGAGAGGGGGGACAAUUAUGACAGUCCUAGAAGAGGUGGUUAUGAGAGAUCACCCAGUCCUUAUCACAGGCGACCAAGUCCUGACUAUGGUCGUCCACGCAGCCCUGUCUAUGAUAGGUACAAUGGUGGUGGACCAGACAGGCGGAGGAGUCCUGAUUAUGGCAGGCACAGAAGUCCUGAUUAUGGCAGGCGCAGGAGUCCUGAUUAUGGAAGGCGCAAGAGUCCUGAUUAUGGGAAACCCAGGAGUCCUGAAUAUGGUAGAUAUCGCAGCCGUUCGCCGGUGCGAAGGUCAAGAACAUAGGUGAUCUCAGGUUUUAGGGUAAGACGGAAGGCUUCAGUGGCACUGUUACUUUCUAGUUGUUAGAAUAGCAUGUGGUAUAUUGUAGUAAACGGUACUUCUCAGUUUAAUGUGGUUUGCGUAUUUGCUGUUUAGCAGUCAGUGCCAAUGGUUCUAUAGGACCUGAAUAUGAGACCGGAAACCCUGUUUAUUGUUGAAUUGAUGCAUAUUUUUGCAAUGACAUCGUGCUUUGCUACAACUGAAUAUUUUUUCGUACCCUA